GACUGUAUGUAUGUAUACAUGUGUGAAAAUAUAUGCGUGUGAGUAAAUUGGAAAGACGCGUCUGGUGCAAGUAGCCAAAGCAAGUCAAAGCGUGUGAGUCGGCGGCAUUGAGAGUCCAUUUUCUUCAAAUAGUAGAAUUUUUAGCGCGAACACCGGUAGCUACGAAAUAAUAGACAUUAAAAAUGGAGCAAGCAGAAGAUACUGAAAAUGAUGUAUUGAAAAAGGUAUUAACAAACGACGAGUUAACCCAAGUUCCUGAUGAAAUUGCUACUAAACUAAGAAAUUAUUUUAACGAGCAAUUUGAAAAAUUUAUUACUGCCCAAGCUGUAUUUCAACACAAUAGACAAAGUCUUGAAAAAAAAUUGGAAAAACUACAAAAAGACUGCAAAGAGUAUGAAUUGGACUUAGAAGAACGUAAAGGAAAAUUGGAACUUGCCGAAAGCUACAUUACUGAAUUACAAACAAAACUUGAUGAUGCUAAAAAUGAAAUAUAUAAAUUACAAGAAUCAAGCAAAAGACUUCAAAAAGAGAACGUUGAACUUCGUCGACAGCGAGAUGCAGCUGUUGAUGAACGAAAUAGCCUUCAACUUCAAGCAGAGCGUCGUGAUCAUGAACUAGAACGAUUAAAUACAGAACUUACCUCAUUAGGACAACAAUUACAAACCGCUGUAACAGCAAAAUGUCAAGCCAUAGCUGAAGCUGAAGAGAUACGUAGUCGAGAACUGGAUUUGGAUUUCAAAGAAAAACGAUUGGAACAAGAACGAAAACUCACUGCUCAACAGAUGAGUGCAUUAGAAGUAGAAUUAGCCAAAAGAACAUCUGAAUUGCAAGCAGUGCGCGCUGAAGCUUCAACUAAAACAUUAUUAACAGAUACUCGUUUAGCUCAAUGUGAAGAAGAGCUAAGAAUAUCAAAUGAAACUUUGGCUAAGUUACGUGAAGCUAACGCAAACAUUCAACACCAUUGCGAUGAAUUGACACAAAAAGUUGAAGAACAACGAAAUCAUGAAUUAUCCAUGCAUUCUUCAUAUCGUGAGGAAAUUAGUGCUCAAACGAGAUUGGCUGAUCUUUACAAAGGUAUGGCUGAUGAAGCAAAUGCUAAGGCUGAAGAAUUUACCAAUGCUGUGAAGGAACUACAAACUCUAUUAGAACAAGCAACAGAACAGUAUGGACUUUUAGAGACUCAGCAUGAACAACUAAAAGUUAAAUGUGAAGAAACACUUAAUGAAAAAGAUAAUAAAAUAGCAGAACUUACAAAAGAAUUAGAGCAAGCCAAUGAGCUUCUUAAAAAUAUUAAAGAAGAAAGAUUGGAUCAAGCAGUUGAACAAUUGGCACCAUCAGCAGCAAUAACCAGUCGUAUAAUGAAGAAGGGCUUAACUCUAACACAAAUUUAUACUAAAAUGAUGGAUACUGUUAAAGAGUUAACUAUUGAGCGGGAAGAAAAUGAAAGACUUAAAGCACAAAUGGAUGUUAUACUUCGAGAGCUUGAAGAACGAGCACCUAUUCUUCAACAACAACGUGAAGAAUAUUCUGCAGCUUUAGAAAAUGUUGCAACACUAACCAAUCAAAUCGAUGAAUUAUAUGCACAAAAUAAUCAACUGCAAGAGAGUCAUGAUGAAGCUAAACGUAUUGCUGAACAUCAUGCACGUAUUAACCAACGAUUGAAGAGUGAACUUUCUGAUUUAGCGCGCCAAGUUUGCUUCUUACUAAAAGAAGUGCAAGAAAGUCGUACUGGCAGUGCAGUUCCUGCUAAUAAUGAUAGUACGAUGGAUACAGAUUUAGCUUCCUCUGACUUAAUUAGUAAAAAAUUAGUAACCUUUAGAGAUAUUGAAGAGUUACAAGAAAAUAAUCAGAAACUUUUAGCAGUUGUUAGAGCAUUAUCGUCAAGACAAGAAGAAAUUGAGCGAAAAACUGAUGAAAUUAAUAGUGGAGAAAUGAAAGAGAAGCUUGAAAGAUACAGUCAACAAGUUGAAGAAUUGCAAUCAGCACAAGAAAGACAUUCGAAAAUGGUAGAAAAUCUGAUGAGGCAAAGAGAUAUGUAUAAAAAUUUGUAUCAACAAGCUUUGAAUCAAGAUCCUAAAUUAAAGAAUAAAACACCAGGUGAUGCAAUGGAUCAAGAUGAAAAUGAUUGUACAAGUGAUAUCGCGGAUGAUUCAAACAAGUCUGAAGAACAAAGUUUAAGUAAAAUCAAAGAAUUAGAGAAAAAUUAUAUGGAUUCAGAGUCAAGAUUAAAACAAAUCACUGAUGAAUAUGAAAUUUAUAAGAAAGAAAAAGCUGCUCAUGAAAAAAUGCUUAGUGAAGAAAUGGAUAGGUUAAGAAAAGAAGCAGAAAAUAAUUCAACACGAUGUUGUAAAUUAAAGUUACAAUUCGACUCUUCUCAGGAUAGGUUGAAAUUGCUUCAGUCUAACAUCGCGACAUAUAAAACUCAAAUAAAAUCACUAGAAGACCGGUGUACCAAUUAUAGCACUACUAUUGGAAAACAUGAACAAAGUAUCAUGUUAUUAAAGGAUGAAGCUUUAGCAUCUCAAACUCGUCUUUCUCGAGCAGAAGUUCAGCUAGAAAAUUUGAAACAAGAACGACAAUUACUCCGUGAUUCUGAAUCACGUUUAUUGAAAGAACGAGAAAUGUUACAUCGUGAAAGGCAGACGAAUGCUUUGCUUAAGGCUGAUGUAGAAUCUAUAAAAGCAAGUUUAGAACGAGUUCAGGCAGAAGGUCACCUAAGAGCUGAAAUGAGACUUGAUGAUUCAAUUCGAGAAUGUGCUGCUCUUCGUCGUCGUCUUCAAGAAGAACAAGAUAGAUUUAGAGAAUUGUCUUCUCAUCUUGAGCGUCAAUUAAAUACUGUUCAAGAACGUCUUUCUGAAGAACAAACUCAAGCAGAACGUCUUCGUACAGAAUUAGAUGCAGCACGACAAGCACAAACUGAGUCUGAGAAACGUGUUGAAGAAUUAGAAGUCAAGUUGCGAGAAGCACUUGCACAAUCUCGAGCGAAACCUAUUACUGGUGAUGAAAAUUUGGCUAAAAGACUGCAAGAGUUAGAAAUUCAGUUAGCUAGCGCUAAUGCUGAAAUUAGAUCAUUAACUGAACAACUGAAAACUGCACGACAACAGAAUCAACAGUAUAGUGAUAUUGCUGAGAGCACUGAAACGCAGUUGAAAGAAUUAACUACACAGUUUGAGAAACAAAAGCGAGACUUGGAAUCAGCUCUUGAAGCUUCAAAAAAUACUAUUAUAACACUCGAAAAGAAAGUUAAAACUUUGGAAGCUGAACUAGCUAAAUCACAAAGUGGACAACAAGUUACAGAUACAGAAUUAAAAGAAAAACUUGCAGCAGCUGAAAUGAAGCUUGAAGAGCUUGAUGAAGUUAAAGGUGAAUUAGAGUUAAUUAGAAGUGAUCUUCAAACAGCGAUACAGAAUGGCAAAGAAGCGGAAGAAAAAUACGCUCAUGAGAUGCUUUUACAUUCUGCUGAUCUUCAAACUUUGGCUAAAUUGCGGGCUGAAUCUGAAAAUGUUACAAAGGUAAUUGACGAAUUAACAAAAGAGAAAAAUAUUGCAGUUGAAGCACUUGAUGCUGAAAGAAAAGCCGGCGUUGAACGUGAAAAACAGUUACACAAAGAUAUUGAAGAAAUGCAGAGAAGAUUGGACGAUCUUGAUGCACAAAAUACAUUACUGCAUAAUCAGGUACAAGAAUUAAGUGAUCGUACGGCCAUUAUGCAAAGUAAUAGAUCUUCUCUAGGAGGUCAAGACACUAUGGACACUAGUUUAGAAUCAAUGAACCGUAGCUUGACAAGUAUUGAAGACGAUUCCAAGUCUGCAGAGCAACUUAUGAAAGUAAUCAAAUUUUUGAGAAGAGAAAAAGAUUUAGCCAUGACUAAAUUAGAUGUUCUUAGAGCGGAAAACCUUCGUCUGAAGUCUCAGAAUGAGGUCAUUGAGAAACGUUUGAAGGAAUCUGAAACAAUGUUGAGUAAUCAACGAGAACAAUCUGAAAUUGAAGUAGUGACAACAUCGAAACAUGCUGAACUAUUGAGAAAAGUUGAAACUAUCAAUGCUAUUGCAGAUUCCAAUAGAAUUCUUCGAGAAGAAAGGGAUUCAUUGUCGACAAAGGUCAAAGAACUUUCAGCAGAAAUUACAAAACUAUCGGAAGAAGUUGUACCACUUCGUGAGAAAGCACGAGAUUUAUUAGGCAAAAAUGAAAUCUUGGUUCAAGAAAAUACAGGACUGAAAGGAGAAGCAACUCGUUGGAGACAGAGAGCUAACACUUUGAUAGAGCGAGCUAAUAAAGCAAGUCCUGAAGAUUGGAGACGACUUCAAACUGAAAGAGAAAAUCUCAGUAAAUUAUUAACAUCAGAACGAGAAACCUUUGCUAAGACAAAAGAAGAAUUGAAUGCUAUAAAAGCACAGAAGACAAAACUUGAAGAGCAAAUAACCGGCCUACAAAAACAGUUACAACUUCAAGGUGAUCAAAUGAACAAGGCUUCAGAAGAAGCUCGAAAACUUGGCCAAGAUUUGAAUGAAGCUCUAGCAGAUUCUACAACAAAAGCUAAGGAUCUUGCGACUUUCAAAAAAGAACUUGAAGAUAAAGAAGCAGUGUUGACUGAUGUGAAAAAUAAAGAACUACAAAUUCGUAAAAUUGCAAAGAAAUACAAGACCCUAUAUGAUGAAUUGGCUAAAUCUGUCGAAGAAGAAAAAGCUAAAGCUGAAGAAAAUCAAGCUACAGCAAAUACAGAAGAAAAUGCAGUGUCUGCGGAACGUGAAAAUCAAUUGCGUGAAGAAGGAAGAGAAGAGUUACGUCAACAAAAUCAAGAUUUGAAUGACAAAUUAAAGACUCUUAAUGAAAAUAAUGCUUUCCUAACAACCCAAGCAGAAGAAUUAAAAAGUCAAAUUGAAAACAUGAAAAAAACUAGUAACGAAAAAGAAGAACGCAUGAAACAAUUAUUGAAAGGUGCUAGAGGAAAAAUUAUGACUCUUACAGAAUCCAAGAGUAAGUGUGAAAGAGAGCUUGAAGAAUUGAAAAUGAAAAUGAAUGCUAGUAGUAGUGAUUCAGAUCCUAAUGAAUACGAUGCUAGACUUGCCGUGAUUAAAUCACAGAUGGAAGGAAGAAUUUCUAGGCUAGAACAUGAACGAGCAGAAAUAAAUGCUGAAAAAGAAACACUUCUUCAACGAGUUAAUCAGUUACAAAGACAAUUAACAGCAGGUAUUAGUGCAGUUAAUGUUACUGAACCACCAACAGCAAAUAUUAAACCAAUGUCAGCACGUGCAGAAACACCUUUAGCUAGUAUACGACCAAUGAGUGUUGUUGUUCAAUCACGCACAGCUGCAGUUUUACCAACAACUGCAAAUAAUCCUGUUCUAGUUGCUCCUCAACAACAACAACAAGUUGUUCAUACCACCGAAACCAGUUCUCCAACGAGUAGCCAUACCGAUUAUCAACCAGCCAGCACAAGCAGUUCUGUGUCUCAACCAGUUGCUUCUAAUUUGCGACAAUUAGCAGUACAACCUCAAUUAAGCGAAUCUGCUGAGUCUACUCAACGAGAAGAAUCAGAAAAUGCUGAAAAUUUAACUAAUCAACAACAGUCUCAACAGCCAACACAACAGCAGCAACCUUGUCAAAUUCAACAGUCACAAUCACAAGCUCAAUCACCUCAAGAUCAACAACAAGCACCGCAAACUGUAGCUCUUGUAAGCCCAAGAGUUGAACAGCAACAACAACAACAGCAGCAAUCUCAACAACCAACUGGUGAUCAACAACAAACAAUUGCAAGUAGCUCAACUCAGUCUGUUAGUACUUCUCAAACUUCCAGUGGGCACAAACGACCAAGGGGUCAUGACUCUAGUACAUCAGAGUCUGGUGUGGUCGAAGGAACAGAGCACAGCAGAUCUGAACAAAUACCUAGUCCUAAAACCAAGAGAAUACGCACUCAAGAACUAACUCCAACUGCAACAACAAGUGGUUCAGAUAUAGAAUAUCAAGUACCAACUUCAAGUCAACGAGAUCAGGAUGAAGAGGGAGAAGAAGGUUGUAUUGUAGUAGUAGAUUGUGAUGAAGGUGAAGGUGGUAAUCAUCACCAAGCUCAAGAGGAAGAAGAGUUUGAUAACGAUGGUUAUGAAGAAAUGGAAGAAGAAGAGGAAGAAGAAGAAGGAGAAGAGGACGAAGAAAUGCCAUUUGGGGUUGAAGUUGAAGGUGAAGGAGAUAAUAAUGAAGUAGAAAUUACAAUUGAAGAAGAUUCUCGCAAUGUGGAAGUCCCACAUCAAGUACAACCGACAACAAAUCAACUUCCUCAACAACAAUCCGAGGCUAUUAGUAGUGCAGGUCCAGCUGGAGAACCACCAGCCUUUGCUUCCAGAUCUUCCCGAGGUAUUGCACCGAUGCCUAGACAACAACAACAUUUCCUUCUUCCUCAGCAAGGUUUUGAAGAUGGAGGUGACGACAGUAUUGUUCCAAGUACUCCGACUCUUUUUGUUCCACGUCGAGGAGAUGGAUUUGGUGAAGCUGUGAGCUCUCCUCAAGUUCCUCAAGCUCGGUUUACUUUUGGUGAUUCAACACCUUCAUCGACACCAACAUUAUCUACUCCUACAGCUGCCACCGUAAGAACUAUGUUUGGAUCAUCAGGAUCUGGCGUAGCUCAAGUCGCUCAAGAGGGAAUGGAUGAUACUAGAAUGGAUUUAACACAGUUAGAAGAUGGUGGAACGGGAAGAAGUGUACCUACGACGCCUCUUCAAGUAUCUCCAGCUGCUGAUUUACCUCCCUCUACUAGUAGUAGUAAUCAAGCAGAAGAGCAAGAAGCACCAGUUUCAGCAACUCCGGCUACUGCACCUUCUGCAAGUGACAAUGGAGAAGGAGCUGCAGUGCCCAGUAUUCACGUUACUACAGAUUCAGAAACUGAACCUACAUUCCGAGGCUUUCAUUUGGAAGCAGUGCCUGGAUCUAGCACAGUAACAGCAAAUGAUGGAGUUAGUUCUGAAAGUGAUCAACAAAAUGUUGAAAUAGCAGCUUCUGCAACUGGAGGAAAUGUAGAUGAUGAUUCUAUUGAUACUGGAGCUGAUGAAGAAGAUGCUGAAGAAGAAGGACGAGAAGCUGAAGCUUCUCCUUCAAUAAAUACACGUCAAAGAACAAUCGCUGCAGCAGCUGCUGCGGCUGCAGCAAAUACUCCAGCUUCAGGAACAGAAGCUCGAGGAACUGGAACUCGAAGAAAUAAUAGAUCACAAUUUCGAACCAGUGGGCGUGGUACACGGCCUACUCCUAUUGUCUGGGAUAACCAAAGUCCAGUAGGACAAUCACCAGCAACUCGUGGUCAUCCAACUUUAAGAGGAACUAGCACCGAAGGAGCACGUGGACGAGGUUCACGAGGAAGACGAGGUAUGCGCCCCGGCAAGUACGGAUAUUCAAGAUACUAAAAAGUGAUGCUCAAAAUAGAAAUUUUAGGAUGCGAUAGUAAUAUUUAACUUCUUAUACGUAAAAGAAUAAAUUUAAAGUUAUUUUUUUUAAUUGAUUUAAAUUACAGAUAUCUAAAAUUCUACAAAUCAUUUGAUUUAUGACAGUAAUUAAGAAUUAAAACCAUUCCGUAUUUUAUUAUUUUUUUUAUAACUUAUAAAAAAUGUCAUUU